UAAUAGGGGUACAAAAUAUGAAAAUACUCCGUAAUACCCUAGCGGCUAACAAAGCCAGAGGAGACAGCGACGAGGGAAGACUUGGCGGUAACCUGAGGCGAAGCUUACCCUGCGGACACCUGAGCCGGCCAUCUCGCCGUCGCCGCCUAUCGCCGCUUCCUUAUCACCAACCGCAGACCCUCAAUUUCCUUCUUCACCAUAUCUUAAUUGGUAAAUAUGCUUCUUAUUCUUUGUAUAUGAUAUUUCAAUAUUUUGUCACCCAAAAGUUUGUAUUUCGUGUAUACAUUUGUACAGGGUUUCUUGAAAUGCUUCGAAUUUGUGAUGGAUCUCGAUGAGUUCUAGUUUAGAAGUUCUUAGCUUUAUAAUGUUUAUAAAGUGUUCGACAAAAUGUCUCAAUGAGGUUUUGAAUUUAGGCCAUUCUCUCGAAUCUUUCCCUACUCGUGAGUAGAAUUCCUGUACACAUGUACAAUGUUUAAGAUGUUUGAAGCCUUAUGUUUUAUUGAAGAAUUAGAAGACUAGAAGAUCAUAGUUGAAUUGUUCAAGAGAAAGACUUCACAUGCUCUUCUAAAGGACACUAUCGCGUCUCAAUUAUGUUUGGGUUGUGAUGAACCAUAUAUUUUUCUCGAAAUUGCUAGUUGAUUCUUAUGACUAGCACUGAAGAUGAGUGGUACAGACCGAAAGAGACUCCACAAAAGUAUUUUUGAAUGUUGGUCAAGUUGUAGAAUUGUACCAGGUCUAUUAAAUGAAGUAUGAUACAUAAGUUCAUUUCUAUACAUUUAGGAGCAGUAAGCUAGUAACAAGAGUAACUUCAAUUUUUGGGAGAUAACCACACUACUAGUCGGGUGUUUUAUGCGAGAAUUCGUGCGAAAUUGGAAUCUACCUGUCCAAAUGUUAGUGAAAGAACAUACAAACGUCUUAUGAAGAGACUACCACAAAAUCGAAUUUGGAAUUCAUCGCUCAGAUUUUACACCGGCUGAUUUACAGUACAACUCUUGUUUAACUUUGCUCAAGGGUGUUUAUAUCAAUACAGACAAGGUCAAAAUGAAGAAUUAUGUGAUGAUAUAUAGACAACAAAAAGAUGCAUGUAAAAUAAUGUGUGGAAGACACAUUAUCAAGAAACAGAUUGGACAUUCAUAAGUCGUGUGUCAAUAAUAUUGACAGAGUUAUGAGUUCGACUAUAACAGAACCAAUACGGAGAUCAGAGAAUGUGAAAAGAAUUGUGAAUGUGUAAAGAUCCAUCUAUCUGGUUCAAUUAGGAGACUAGUUAGUUUGGUUGUGAUUUUGUAUCUAGUUGAUUAUUUUUUAUUUUUUUAAAAGCUGUGUAUCUUUUAACCGUACUACAAUAUAUUGGAUUCUUUAAUUUGAUAUGUUGAUUAGUGUAAACACUGUAUCUUUCUUUGUGAUAUAAAUCAUGUUGGGUAAUUGUAUUGACAUGACUAAUAAAAUCAUCACAAUGUGCA